AUGGUGUCCCCAAUGCCUCCUGCGCCGACGCCCCCCGGCGGCAGCAUGCCUUCCAACGGCGAUCGUAGCAACAACCUACUGAACUUGCUCAAGUUCAGCGGUGUCGGCGGUCAGGCUUCGCAAGCUGCACUCGCUCGCCAAGAGGGCUACCAGCAGCCGCAAUCGCAGCAACAGUCUCCUCAGCAGCAAUCCCAGCAGCACUACCAGCAGUCGCCCCAUCACCAGCACCAGCAGUUGCAUCAUCAAUCCCAGCAGUCGCAGCCUCAGGCCCAACAGCCGCAGCAGCAGCAGCAGCACCACCACCACCACCAAGGCCGCGAUUCUUCGUCGGCGAUGCCUUCGUCCAUCCUGACCCAGAUCGUGGCACCAGCCCGCGCCCCGGCCGACCCCACCGGCCUGCUCGCCGCUCUGAUGAAAGGAGCACACGACGGCGAGGAGUCGCGACAAGAGCCGCCCCAAAACGGUUCCUUCUCGACUUUCGGCGCAUCGUCGCCUCCCGACGAUACUCGUGCUUACUUGUUGAACCUGCUGAACCGCCCGAAGCCUAGUCAGAAUGACUUGCUUCUGUCCGAGUCGACUCGUUCCAAUGCUCCGCAACCCGGCGAGAAUAUCCUUCAGAGGGUCCUUGCCGAGGCCGGUCAAGGUCCCAACUUGCAAAUGCCCUCCAACUCGUUCGAGUACGACCCUAGCGCCUACGCCCAGUCUAGCGGUAAUUAUGGCACAUACUCGUUCCCUUCGACCCAGGAGUCGAAUCCGCAGGUCGCCCAGCACCAGCUACACCAGCAGCAGCAGUACGGCUACAAUGCCGCCGCCGCCGCCGCCGCCAACAGCAACAACAGCUUCGACGAGUCCCAAAUCACUUCGCCACACAACCGGACCCCCAAGUCGGGUUCCAUCUCGGGUAUCGCCCCACCCCAGUCUGCUGGCCAGUCACCUGCAGGCCCGGCCUUUCAGAUUCUCAAAAAGACCCACGACUCGCCGAGCUCCCAUCACUCCCGUCACGCCAGCGAGACCAAGCGCAUCAGUAACGGGCGCAGCCCUCUUGCCAGCCCCGAGCGUGCUCGCCACACCAUUGGACCCGGUUCUUCCCCCGCAGACAAGCUCGCUAACCCUACGCCCGGCUCGACCGCCUCGUACGCGAGCGCCCAUUCUGCUGCCGACAAGGACAAGGAGACGGUUUCCGAGGCAAUCCACGACAUUGCCCACCAAGCUGACUACGAGGCCCAGCAAGCCCUCGCCCGCGCUGAGGAAGAGCAGUCGCGGCCCGAGUACAUGCAGGACCUCGAGGACAUGGAUUCGGCACGCACCGAGAGGGAGUUCGAGCAGAGCGCCCACCAUGCCGCCCAGGCCAUCAAGAAGGAGCUUGACCGCGAGGAGAAUAGAGACCUCCUCGAAAGGGUCGUCUCCGCUGAGGUGGCCGAGGAGGUCCGCGAGAUCAUCGAGGAGGCUGCUGGCCACGCCGUCGCCGACAGCUGGGAAAGCGCCGACCAGGACGAGAUCGUGGUGAUUGAGGAGGAAACUCCCUCGCCCGUCAAGGUCUUCAACUUCCCCAUGAAGCCCUGGAUCUCCAUUGCUCUGCAGGACGGUGCUACCGAGCCCCGCCCCCAGUUCCGUGACGAGGCCAUCAUGGACAUUGCUCGCCUCAAGAAGGAAUUCGACCAGAUCGACCGCAACCUGUACACCGCCACCGAGAACUACAUGGCCUACGGCAUGUCCAAGGCCGGUGGUCUCCGCGUCAUUCGACAGGAUGACGGCAAGGAUGCCAAGAUCUUCACAGACACCAAGGACCGCAUCUUCAACGUUGCCAUGUCUGUCACCCCCCCGGAUCACACCAACAUCCACCGUGAGGCCAUUAUCGGCACCGGCAUCAGUGGCACCGUCUACUGGGUUCAGAUUAAGAGUGGCGAGAAAGACCACAUUGAGGAUGCCCACCCCGAGCAGUACGGCUUUGCCCUGCCUCCCAUGGCUUCCCACGAAGGUGGCGAUGCCCCCGGCGGCGUCCUCAAGACGCGUGCUCGCACCUCGACGAUCCACCCAGAGUUCUUCGCCGUUGGCCGCGGAAAGUCCAUCAACAUCGUCUGGCCGACCUUCAUCAUGCAAAACAACCUGUUCAAGCCUGGCCACGAUCGCGUUGUUGAUACGGAGAGGCUGGCCAAGCAGUGUUCUUUGAAGAUCAAUACCGGUAAGGCCGGCAAAGACUUCACCUUCAGUCAGGACGAUAGCGUGAUAGUGUCUCUUGACAAGUCCGGACGCGUCAAGUUUUGGGACGUCCGCGACCUCACUGCCGCCAAGGAGGGCAGCGACCCCCGUGCGCCUACGCCCGCCCACACCUCGCUUGAGGUCAAGGAGCCUCUCAUGACCCUGACUAGCACUCCGGAGGGUGAGAAGGCCUGGCCCACGUCGGUCCUCCUUGUCGACAAGCUUCGCCCGUACCAGAAGCGCUGUGCUCUGCGUUACAUGAUCAUCGGCAUGAAGCAAAACCACACUCUCCAGCUCUGGGAUCUCGCCCUUGGCAAGCCUGUUCAGGAGUUCAACCUCCCCCACAGCAAGGAGUCGGACGCCGUCUGUAGCGUUAUGUACCAUCCUCCCACCGGUAUGCUGGUCAUCGGCCACCCGACCCGCAACUCGAUCUACUUCGCGCAUCUUUCGGCUCCUAAGUACAACCUGAAGAGCGUGUCGCAGGUCGAGUACAUCCAGCGUCUGGUCGCCCAGGAUACCACCAUUCCCCAGCCCGAUUCGACGGCCGUUAUCAGCGGCGUCCGCGAGUACUCUUUCGCGAACCGGGGGAUCUUGCGCAGUCUCGACAUUCUCUGCAAUCCGGCCAUGGCACAGGAGACCGACGAGCCCACCCUCUUUGAGCUGUACGCCAUGCACUCCAAGGGUGUGGCUUGCCUGCUGAUCAAGCAGGCAGAGCUUGGCUGGACCAAGGACAACAAGGUACUGUCGCCAGUCGAUGCUGUUGACGCCGGUGUUGUCACCAUCUCCAAGCUGAAGCCUCCUGCGAGCCAGCCUGUUGAGGCCAACCACCAGAACACGGACACGUCUCAUCCUCCAACCCGCAACAUUGCCAAGGACUCUCUGCUCCAGACUACUCCUUCGCAAGACGAAAACACGCCUCGCCGCGGCCCCGAAUCCGUUACGCCGGUCAAGAUCGCCAAGGCUGAGCCCAAGGAGGAGGAGACGCCCGUUGCUGCCCCUGCCCCUGCCAAGGAGGAGAAGCAGGAGCGUAAGAGCCGCAAGAAGAAGGCAGCUGCCGCCGCCGCCGCUGCCGCCGCUGCUGCUGCUGGAAACGAUGCACAGACCAACGGCUCCCCUCGCGUGGGUGGCUCCAACAACAAUACUAGAGAUUCGGGCAAGUCUUCCGCCAACAACUCCAACUCGCACGCCAACUCCAUCACCCAGGAAUCGGUCGAGACGGCAAUCAGCAGCAUGGAGACUCGCCUGCAGAACGGGUUCAACAACUUGCUCAACACGUCCUUUAAGACGCUUCACAGCCGCAUCGACGAUGGUCUGCGAGCUCGCGAGGCCGACUUUGACGAGCGCCAACUCAAGCUCUUGAACAUGGUGUCGGAAGUCCUCAACGAGAAUACCCAAAAGGUGCUCGAGGCCCUCAUCCAGGAGCAGUUCAGCAACGCCGUCAUUCCCACCAUUGCCAGUGUCGCAGGCAAGGCCGUUUCCGACCAGUUCACCAAGAGCAUGAACAACCAGGUCUCGCAAUCAGUGCAGAAGGAGAUCCACAAGGCCCUUCCUUCCGCCACUCAGCACGCGCUGCAGAACGGUGACUUUGUCAAGGCCAUCUCGGAUAGAGUCGGGGCUACUGUCGCGGCCAACGUUCAGCAGGAGGUUGUCAACACCUUGACAUCUCGCCUCGGCCCUUCCUUCACCAACAUGGCGGUCCAGGCCUGCCAGCGGGUUGCCGGCGAGUUGCAGAAGCAGCACCGCACCGAGAUGGAGUCCCUCAAUGCUCAGCGCCUUGCCGAGAGCAACAAGGUUGACCAGCUGUCUGCCAUCGUGACUCGUCUUACUGGCACGAUCUCGAGCAUGGCAGCGUCGCAGGAGCAGUUUCAGAACGAGUUCCUCAAGUUCCAGCAACAGAUGAUUCGUGUCCAGGCCCAGGCUCAACAGCAGCAGCAGCAGCAGCAACAACAACAGCCGCCGCAACCUCAACAACUGUCUCAUCAUCACGCGGCUCCCUCGUACAACGCUCCUUCUGUCGCCAGCCAGGCCCCCAGCCAGGUUCCGAGCCAGAUCCAGAGCCAGGCUUACAGCAACGUUCAGAGCCCCGACCGUGCUUCGCAGCACUCGAUGAGUUACGGCCACUCGCAAGCUCUGACCGUCGCCAAGGCCAACAACAACGAACAUGACGCCGACUUGCAGGCCCGCAUUGCCGUUAUCAACCAGUCAAUGAGGGAGGGCCGUGCUGAAGAGGCUGUCGUCCGCUGGAUGCAGUCUGGCCGUGAGCAGGAAGUUUUUGAAAAGUACAUGUCCAAGUACAGUCCGGAAUUCGUCCGCAACCUGCCGCACCUCGUUCUCUUGACGGUGACGGCCACUGUCAGUUUGAACCUCGAGUCAUACACGCGAGAGAGAAUUGCCUGGCUCGAGAUGGUUGUGCACAGCCUCCAGGUCUCACUGGGCAACAUGGAUGAGGAUGCUCGCGCGGUCACACCAAAGAUUAUGGGUAUGCUGGUAGCCCGCGUCGAGGGUCUCUUUGUUCGCAUCAGCAGCACGUCAGGCAACGACCCCGUCCUCAAGAACCUAUCUCAGAUCAUCGUCAACGCGAAGCGUGUCAUCGACGCCUGCCAGGAUGAGGCGCAAUACGCUUAA